GCGGCUUCCGCUCGCCCACGGGCAGCCCUGGGAACCUGGACGCGCCGCCUGGGCUCUACGUAGCCGGUAAGUCCCUCUUCCUAUCCCCCCACUAUCCCGGCCGGAGUCUUCUCCCCGUCCCUAAGCUGGGGGGUGGCGAGGCAGCAAUCCCCAGGGUGGGAGAAAACUCAUCCCCACUUCCUCCUUGGGAAACUGAGGUCCAGAGGCGUGGCUUGCCCUGAGAUCACACCAAGAGUCAGGACUGCAGCCAAAACGGGGGGUGUGUCCUGCUCCUCGGGCAGGGGGCUCUGGAGAGUGGGAAUGGUGAUCCCUCAAGCCCCUCAUUUUGCAUCACCUAGACCCCCACCCCACAAGCCAGUGCUAAGAGGGGAGCGGGUGUCCGAGGGUCAAGCCCCCUCCCCCUACUGCUCUCCAACCCGGACUUCUUCCGGCUUCCUGGGCCAGCCAGUGCUGGGGUUCAGAGAUGCAGCCAGCCUCACAGCUCUGGUCAGAGAGGGGGGGACCCACGGGGGACCCACCCCGUGGUCCCCCAGGUUCUCAGCAUCUGGAGCCACCUUGGCCCUAGACCCUCGGUGCCCCAGGUUUGAAUGUCAGAGCCAGGAGAGCCUGAUAACCAGGGACACUGCUGCUCGAGAACAUCCAGUGGGGCCCUGCCUUCCCCCAUCCGCUGCCCGGGACAUCCAGGACCGGAGCCCUCCAGCAUGGCCUGCGUGUCCUUUGGGCACUGCUGACCGCUGGGCUCCCUGGCCCUAGCCCGCCACUUUCUCCACCAAUGCCAUGGUCAUGGGGAGGGUGGGGAUGGCAAGUGACUUCAUUCUUCCCCUGACAGAUGGGGAAACUGAGGCCCAGGGAGGCAAAGCCUCCCAGCCACCCUCUCCCCCGCCCCCACACAGCCGCCUCCCUCUUCCCUGGGUCAUCCUCAUUGGCAGCCCCUUUCCCUCUGCAGGCGGCUCUGGGGCUCCAUCCCACACCCUCUUCGCAUGAGGCCAUGAGGCACCCACUGGACCGGGGCCAGGUCACCCUGCCCCGUCCCGCCCCCCAUCCGGGAGCUCCUGGCUGCUGCAGGUCUGGGAGCUGAGGGGGCCCUGGAGGCUGGGGCCCGCCCGGGCGUGGGGUGGGGGGAGCUCUGCCAGGCACCAGACCCAGCCACCACCAGCUACACCCUCUGCAAGGUCCCAUAGAAUCCUGGACUGUGCCCAGCUGGUCCCCACUGCACAGAUGGGGAAACUGAGGCAGGGGGAAGAGGAGCACCUGGCCCCUGGCCACACCGGAAGACCCCGCCCACUCCAGAAUCUCCUGCUCCUGCUGUGGACCCUCCUGAACUGUGGUUUGGGGGGCAACGCUCAGGGUCCGGGUGAGUGGACUCCAUGGGGUUCCUGGAGCCGCUGUUCUAGCUCAUGCGGGCGAGGGCUCUCCGUGCGCAGCCGGCAAUGCAUCCGGUUUCCCAGGGAAGAGCUGUGCUGGGGGGACACCCACGAGUACCGCCUCUGCCAGCUGCCCGAAUGUCCCCCAGGGGCCGUGCCCUUCCGAGACCUCCAAUGCGCCCUCUACAAUGGCCACCCUGUCCUGGGCACCCAGAAGACCUACCAAUGGGUGCCCUUCUAUGGUGCACCCAACCAGUGCGACCUCAACUGCCUGGCGGAGGGGCACGACUUCUAUCACAGCUUCGGCCGCGUGCUGGACGGUACCCCCUGCAGCCCGGGCACCCAGGGACUCUGCGUGGCUGGCCGCUGCCUCAGAGCCGGCUGUGACGGUUUGCUGGGUUCGGAUGCCCGCGAAGACCGCUGCGGCCGCUGCGGCGGCGCCAACGACUCGUGCCUCUUCGUGCAGCGCGUGUUCCGGGAUGCCGGUGCCUUCGCUGGGUACUGGAACGUGACCCUGAUCCCUGAGGGCGCCAGGCACAUCCGCGCCGCCCACCGCAGCCGGAACCACCUGGCGCUGAUGGGGGGCGACGGGCGCUACGUGUUCAACGGGAACUGGGCGGUCAGCCCUCCCGGGACCUACGAGGCAGCGGGCACCCACGUGGUCUACACCCGCGUCACAGGGUCAGAGGAGACGCUGCGCGCCGCCGGGCCCACCUCCGAAGACCUGCUCCUGCAGGUCCUCCUGCAGGAGCCCAACCCCGGCGUUGAGUUCGAGUUCUGGCUCCCCCGGGAGCGCUAUGGCCCCUUCCAGGCGCAGGCUCAGGCCCAGGGCUGGUCCCUGCGGCAGCCGCAGCCUCGGGAGGUAGAUCCUCAGUCCCCUGAGUCUCCCGCUGCCCCCACUGUUAUCCCCCCACGGACCCCAGGCCCCACCCCAGACCCCUGCCCACCCUGCCCUGACACCCGCGGUCGUGCCCACCGGCUGCUCCACUAUUGCGGCAGCGACUUUGUGUUCCGGGCCCGCGUGCUGGGCCGCGUCCGGCAGGCCCAGGAGACCCGAUAUGAGGUGCGCGUGCAGCUCAUCUACAAGCACCGCUCGCCACUGCGGGCCCUCGAGUAUGUGUGGGCGCCGAGCCGCUGCCCCUGCCCACCGCUGGCCCUCCAUCGGGACUACCUGCUGGCGGCCCGGCGCCUCAUCAGCCCCGAUGGCACUCAGGACUGGCUGCUGCUCCCCCAUGCUGGCUACGCCCGGCCCUGGAGCCCCGCCGAGGACAGCCGCGUGCGCCUGGCCGCCAGACGCUGCCCCCUCUGAGCCCCUGGACCAGACCUCGGCCACACACGGCUGACCAGGCUCAAAGUCAGCAUAUUUCCCCUAUUGCCAUAGCUUCCAGGGAGCUCAGAACUAUCUCCCACCUGCAGCUCUGUGACUCCCCACCACACACACUCAGACACCCCUGCACUCAGUCAGAUCCACUGUCGGAAGCAGGCACGCACUGGUGAGGAUACACUAAAUGGACUCUUUAGCUCUGAUUUCCUCUCUCACCCUGGAAACUCAUAGUUAUUUUACUCUCAGAGACUCUGUGUCUGCUUUUAUUCCCCUUGCCUCACACUCAUUUGCUGGGAGACACUGUCACACACAAGCAUGACCCCGAUGAAGACAUGCCUAAGGAGACCUUGUAAUGUAUCCCUUUCCCCUCUUGCCCUGGCUACCAGGAAGCUCACCACUGUUUAACCCCCGACACUCUGUCUCUCCUUUCUCAUUGCCACUUAACACACGCACCCUCACGUAUUCAGAGACACUGUUAAAAACAGGCAUGACCCCCUAGUAAACAUGCCUACCCAGGCACUGUAACGUACCAAUUUCCCCUUUUGCCCUGGCUACCAGAAAGUUCAGAGAUAAUCUUGACAGCUUCCGCAGUUCGGGGGGAGGCGGGAGGGUUCCCUCCAGGCAACACUGCUGU